AUGGAGCUUCUCACUAGGAAAAAACCAUGCACAUAUCGGUCAUCCGAGGAGGAAGCCCUUGUCACAUACUUCACCGCUUCGCUAGCAGCAGACAAGCUGGUUCGCGUGCUAGAUCCUCAGGUCGUGAAAGAAGGCGGCAAGGAGGUUGAAGAAGUAGCUGUGUUGGCAGUGGCAUGUGUGAGGAUUGAAGUAAACCAGCGGCCAACCAUGAGGCAAGUGGAGAUGACACUUGAGAACCUUGGGGGCUCGCAUGAUAGUUUUGUAAUGCAUGACAAGGAUGUGCCCAAGUAUCCAAUGAUUGAGGGUACGAACAUGGAGGAAACAAGCCAGCAGUAUAGCUAUGAAGCAGAGUAUUUGUUGUCAUCAAGGUACCCCCGGUAG